AAUGAUUGCUAAUAUACAUAUAAGAAUGAAAUAAAUCUCAUUUUAGUUAGUAUCUAUCAGUCAGUAGUGAUCUACCUUCGUAUUGUGCGACACUUAAGUUUCUCCAAAAAUGAAUCAAGCGUGUUUAAUAACUAUGGUUUUGAUGAACCUGGUGCUCAUCUGGCAAUCGACGGCAACUCCAAUCAACUCGCAAACAAAUGGCGCAGUAGCUCAGCAGCGACAGGUGGCGGAAGCCUUCGAUAGUGUGAUACCGAUUCCGAAAAAUAUUGUGAAGCGGGAGUUUCUGCCACCUCCGCUGUUCGAAGUGGAGUACAUCGAAAGGAUCCGUGGAGAAGAGGAAAAAAGUCGAAAGGAACAAAAUGUGGACAAGGAUACCUAUAUUGAUGCUGAACGAAAUGACCACAGUGAUGAUAAUGACGAUGAAGAUCUUGUGUUGUUAGGCUGAAAUUAGUUAAUGAUUAAUAUUAGAUAAAAAGUUUGUGCUAAAUAUAGUUUUAUAUAAAA